AUAAAAAAUAUAAUACACGCACAUUAUUUGUAUUUGUAUUUUGUAUCUAUCUGUUAUACAUAGUGGUGCGGUGUUUGUGCUAAUUCAUCUCAUCGUUUUCUGCUGCUUCAUCCUCAUCACAGAUGGUGAGGGAUGACAAGUCAGGGCUCAAGCGCGGGAAUGCUAGAAGAAAGGCGCGAACAAAAGAUCGGGGUUCUGAUGAAUCUGAUGAAGAUUUUAUAAUAUCUGAGGAAGAAGAACGUGAGUCGGAUGAGUAUUGUUCUUCUUUAGAUCCAGAUGAAUCGGAGGAGGCUUUAGGGGAAUUUUUAUCCGAGGAAGAGGAGGUGACAGUAAAGGUGAAAAAGCCUAGUAGAUGCAAGACUCGUAAAAGUGGUUCGAAUAAGAGGAGAAAAGGUUUCAGGAAGACGCAGAAGAAGAGAAUUAGGUUUUCAUAUAAACAGGAUGAUGAUGAUGAAUUUACCGAGGGUGACGAUGAUGUGGAAUUUAUGCCAGAUGAGACUGAUUAUGUAGAUUCUGAAGAUGAAACUCCGGUAAGAAAGAAAAAGAGGGUUUCUUAUAAAGAAGACGAUGGUGACGGUGAUAACGAGGAGGAUGAUGACGUCAAGGAGGAUGACGACGUCAAGGAGGAUGACGACAUCAAGGAGGAUGAUCGUGAAUUUACCCUGGAUGAUAUAAUUGUCAAUGAUGAAGAUGACGACAUCAAGGAUGAUGAUUGUGAAUUUACCCUGGAUGAUGUUAUUGUUGAUGAAGAUGAUGACAUCAAGGAGAAUGAUUGUGAAUUCACCCUGGAUGAAAUUUUGUUAGACGAGGAAGGUGACAUGUUGCAAAAGAAAAAUAAGUUCAGAAAGCCUCGUUCACGGGAUAGAGAUAUUGUCGAAGGACGGAAAAGGGAAAAAAAAAUGACGGUGACGAGAAAACCAAGAUCAGCAUCGAAAAGGAAAAGGACUAACCGCAGGCUGGUGCGGAAAACCACAUCUGGUAUUGUUGACAUUUCUACGUCAGCGCAGAUACCAUGUUCAGACUCUGACGAGGACUUUGCUAAGAAGAGCUUAGAGGCAGAAGAUAGGGGUAAAAAUAUUCCUGUUCAGAGGCGAAGAAGAUUAGUGGCGGAUUCAGAUUCAGAUUUCCACUGUUCUUCACCAUCUGAUGAUGUAUACACUAUUCCGGAAGAAAAAGGGCCAGAUCAAAGGCUGUUUGGUACUACAAGUUCUGGUAUUGUACCAAUUCCUAGGUUAGCGAGAAAACGAAGUUCUGGCAGUGAUGGAGAAUUUGGAAAAAAGAGCUUAGUGCUGGAAGACAGGAGUAAGAAGAAGAUUCUUGGCCAGAGGAGAAAAAAUUUCCUGCCAUAUUCAGGUUCAGAAUCGGAAUCAGAAUUUUUAAGAUUUGAAUCAUCUGAUGACGAGUACACUAUUCCCAAGGAAGAAAAUGAACAUCAAAGACUGGUGGAGCAAUCCAGCUCCAUGAUUGUUCAAAAUCAUUGUUCAAGGAGAAAAACAAGUUCUGGUUCUGAUGGAGCAAACAAGAGCUUAGGCACAAGUAAAAAUAUUACUCUACGGAGGAGAAAAUUUGUGGCAGUUUCAGAUUCAGAUUUCAUGUGCUCUGCAUCAUCUGAUUACGAAUACACUAUAUCUGAGGAAGAGAGAGAAAAUGCGAACGAAGCUGAUGAAGUUGGCUAUAGUUUGAAAUCUAAUUUGAGGAGUUCAUCUUCCUUGAAGAAAAUCAAGGAAGAGAAAGACACUUGUAAGCAAAGAAAAAGGCCUGGAAGAAAAGGUAAGGAGAAGAUGGAGGAUAUCAACAAAGUUAUAAAGCAGGUUUGUGGGAUUUGUUUAUCAGAAGAAGAGAAGAGAACUGUAAGAGGAACACUAAAUUGUUGCAGCCAUUUUUUUUGCUUUGCAUGUAUAAUGGAGUGGUCCAAGGUUGAAUCUCGUUGUCCUUUAUGCAAGCAAAGAUUUGUGACCGUAAGCAAGCCUGCUUGGUCAGACUCGGGGUAUGAUUUAAGGACUGUAUCAAUCCAGAUUCCUGAACGUGAUCAGGUAUAUCAACCAUCUGAGGAAGAGCUUAGGGGUUAUCUUGAUCCAUAUGACGGUGUGAUAUGUACCGAAUGCCUGCAAGGCGGGGAUGAUGCUCUCAUGUUAUUAUGUGAUAUAUGCGACUCACCUGCACACACUUAUUGUGUUGGUCUUGGGCGUGAAGUACCUUCUGGUGAUUGGUUUUGUGAAGGCUGUCGACUAGGUGCUUCUAGUGCCCCACAUUCACAUGGUCUGAACUCUGUGCUUGGUCAAAGGGAAAGUAACAACUUAUCUGGCAUGUCAUCCCCUGUUCACAAUGUUGGGGAAUUAGAUCUUAACUCAUUAUAUGUACCUGAAACACCACUUACCCAACAAACUGGAUCUUUUCCUAUUCCAAGACGUUUUGGUAGUGAAUCUCAUGUCGCUUCCCCAACAUCUGGAUCAGGAGCAUUUACUGUAUUUGAUAGACGAAGGAUACAACGUCAGAUACACAAUCUUCUUAACCACAGAAGGAUAAACUCUAGCACUCAACCCAGUGGGAUGCCGUCUACAACUUCAGGAAUUAGAUUAUUUGGCUCUCAAAUUGAUGGAGGGACAGGACUAGCAAUUCAGGGAGGUUUAACACCAGAAACAAGAGCACCACAAUUUGCAUCUCGUGAUCAAAGGUUACAGGUUAGUACCACCAGACCGCUGCCUAAUAUGGACGCUUCCUCUGCAAGGUCAUUUCAACUGAGUGAACUAGGAAGACAAAAUUCUGAACAUGUAGGUGGUAGUAUGUCAUUCAAUCCAUUUGAUCCAAGAUUAGCUUACGAUCACCUCCAUUUGUGCAGUAGCAGAUCUAAUAUCGAUUCAGAUGGCCCGUCUCAUGCAUUUAGAGAGACCACAAUACCUUCAAGGACAUCACAGUAAACAUCACACACCAUCUUUAUGCUGCUUAGGCCAUGAGGUCACAAGUACAGGGCAAACAAAGUCUACUCUGUGCAGUGACCUUAAGCUCCCACCCAUAUUGAAAGACUGGAAGGUCAGCUGAUGAGUUUAGUUGGACGCUGCUGCUACUUGUUUCAGUUUAUUACCGAAGGUUGCGGUGAGAGAAGUUACGAGUACCGGUCUCCAGUGUUUAGAAGUAGAUAUUGAUGCAGUAGAUUAGUUGUCAUACCAUUGUUUCUGAUUAUCAUUUGCUACAAAUGAAUGUCUCAUUAUUAUAUUUGUUCUUAUACGCUAAUUUGUUACCAGUUUCUUCGGAACAAAGACAUCAUUUUAUUUUAAAGAAAUAUUCAGUGGUUAAACUCUA